UCAUCAUCAUACAAAUGCUUGACUUAUCACCAAUAUAAUAAAGUGCUAUUUCGUUUGUUGCAGUGUGACAAAUAUAUUCCUGGUGAACCUAUCGGUGGCAGACCUGCUGGUGACGCUGUUCUGCAUGCCGGUGCAGAUCGCGAAGUCCGUCACACUGCUGUGGUACUUCGGCGAGGUUAUGUGCAAGACUGUCAACUUUUUGCAAGGAGUAGCAGUAGCUUCAAGCGUGUUUACCAUCACAGCGAUGUCGGUAGACCGGUACUUGGCCAUCACGCAGUCUCUUCGACAACCCUGGAUGCCCUCAAGACGAGGAGCCUGCAGUCUUCUAGCAGGACUCUGGCUGGUAGCUCUGGCCAUCUUCGCUCCACUUCUAGCAGUAGCUACAGUUGAGAGGGAGUACGUUCCUUCACUGUCAAGGACGCGAAAUGGAUCGGUUUGGGUCGAGCGCAGCAUCGAAUUCUGCACAGAAAAAUGGCCGGACUCAAUAAAAAAGGAAUUGUUUGGCGCGUUCAGUUUCGUCCUCGUGUACGCUGUGCCCGGCUGCAUAGUGGUGGUAUCGUAUUCUCUGAUGGGGCGGAGGCUGUGCUCCGUCCUACCUCCAUUCGACCAGACGGAGGGCAGCGCUAAUAGCCAACAGCGCCUAAGGAUCGUGAGGGAGAGGAAGAGAGUGGCCUGGAUCCUGCUACUCCUGGCAGUACUCUUCGCUCUGUGCUGGUUGCCCUACAACAUCCUGCAGCUGCUGAUAGACGUGAACGCCGUCAACGUGGAGUCCGUGUCAGCAAUACUGCCGUACACGUUGUUAUUGGGGCACACGAACUCAGCGAUCAACCCCAUCGUGUACUGCCUGAUGACGCGCAACUUCCGUCGGUCUCUGCGCAAGCUCAUCUGCCACGAUCCGGGUAACAUACACUCUAGUACUCAUUUCCAUAUGCAAGGUUUACGUCAAAAAUCCAACACGUCUAGCAUGAGGACUUGCACUACUGUAACUUUCAGGAGCAGCAACAACCAGAUUGGAAGGAUCGCUACCGGACCUCCGAGCAUACAAUAUGGCAGGGCCAACAGAACCGCAUCCUUUAGAGAUAACGGAUGGAAGGACAGAUACCAAAAGACCCCACAAUUUUUGUAA